CGUCUGGCGCCGAGGGAAGACGUGCGUUGCAGACGUCUCUUUCGCUCUCUAAAUUCACGCGCUUUCUCGUCCUCUUCCUUGCCCGCUUGUGUUCGUCGGUGGUGCGCAGUUCGGGACGUUCCUCGCCGAUGGACCUGUUGCAGUAGAGACGGAAAAUCUGUUUUGCAUUAUUUUGUGAUCGAUAGUCCGUUACAAAACGAAGGAAACUUAGCUGAAAGAACUUUUGCAAAAGGACUCAGUGAGAAGUAUUCGACGGACACGAGUUUGAUUUUCGGUUUUGAACGAGCGACGCUUCGUUAUGGCGAAGUCGGAAGAGUCGGUGCCGACGGCCGAGAGUGCGAGGCAGGCGGUCGACGACAACAACAACACAGAUAACAACAACAACACCGACGACCACCAGGACAGCGACGCUCACGACGACGUGAAGACGGACGCGGCGUCCAGCGGGAAGUACCAGCUGCGGCCGCGGUCGGUUCACGCCCGGCGCCUCUGCGACAGCGACUGGGGCUUCGGGGAGAGCCUGCGACACAAGCCGCGUGCGGCGCCGCUGUCCAGGUACCGCAGGAAGACCGCCAACGCCCGGGAGCGCUACCGCAUGCGGCAGAUCAACACCGCCUUCGAGAGCCUUCGCGGCGUGUUGCCGUCGUGGGUGUGCAGUCGCCGCGCCGCCUCCGACAUGACCAAGAUCGCCACGCUGAGACUCGCCUCCGCCUACAUCCGGUCCCUGCAGGACAUCCUGGACGGCAGCGCCCCGCAGGACACGUGCUCGUGGGUCCUGUCCACCAUCCUGGACGGCCCCAACCGCUGCCCGAAGGAGGCCCAGCUCUCCAAGACGUCCCAGCUGACCGCGGGGGACUCGCAGCUGCAGUCCGACUACGAGCUGGCCACUCUCCUGGCCAGCUCGGAGGCGCAGGUGUUCCAAGACAACCUGGACACCUUCGCCUACCUGAGCCCGGCGUGCGAGGGGGAGUCCGUGGCGCUCCUGCUGGGGCCCGACCCCCCCACCUCGCGGGCCUGGGGCGAGGGCCACUAUCCGCCCACUCCGCUGGUGACCUGAUGGCCGGAGGUCACAGGUCGCCGAGCCCUUCCUCAUUCUCCCGUGUAUCCUGUAGCACUGGUCUCUGCCAAGUCUCACUGUAGGUCACGUGAUGUCACAGUCUUCACUGCUCGCUUCCUCCCGUAGGUAAUGCUUUCGACUUGGUGACUGACUGACCCAGGUCGUGAACCUCUUAUCAGCCCCCGUCACCGCUGCCCCGACUUCCGAAACAAAGCCUGGUCCUGCUGAUGAACACAGGUUGCUCUCUCACGGCCCUGUGGUGAUAACGCUAUCUCCUCUCUCCCCAGCAUGACCUGACGAGCACUAAUUUCAGGUCACUUCACAUUCUCCGUUUUCUUCAGUGUAACUCCUUGACAAAUGAGGUGACCUGAUCUUCGAAGACCCUACUUCUCGUGACCUGGUAUAACCUGACAGAAUUCCCAUUAAAAUAAGUCUUUUAUACUGUGAUGAGAACAGGUGAAACAUCUGGUCUUGAUGUGAUGAAAUGUAAUUACUUAGAGCCCUGUUUGGAAAUUGAAAAUAUCUGAUAAUAAGUAUAUGAUUAUUUAUUUUAGUUUAAAACAAAGAGUAUUAGAUGUUUAUUAGUUAGAAAAGACAAAUAUAUUCAAAACUAUAUACAUAGUUUAAGGAAUUCAAUUUCAUUAUCGAAUUCAUUUGGUAAUGGUUUGCUCAGUUUCAAUUUUAUUGGCACUUUGAUAUGAAAUAUUGUGAUUUUGUUUAAUAUCUUAUUUAAUGCAAUUUUUUAUAUGAUCACUGAUUAUUGAUUAGGGUUAAUGAUUGUAACACAUUAUACUUAUUGUUAAUAUUCAAAUGGUGAAAUGACUGGAAUAUAUUCAUGUAUUAUAAGCAUGAUUUUAUCCAAACUGUUGUAAUUUUUAUAUCACAGAACACAUGUUUCUCCGCAUUUAGUCGACGGUUUGUUCAAACUUUUAUUUAUAUGGGAUAAUUAUGUUGAUUAUUUUGUCUCAUUUAUUAUUUGUAAGAUGACUGUAGGGAUGAAUAAGCUGAGACGAAGAAAAACAAAACAAAAAUAAAAAUGUUAACUUCAGACAUUCAUCUUGACAGAUGUGCAUACACACACGCACACACACAACACACACACACACACACGCACACGCACACACAAAACACAC